AUGCCGGCAACCACCCCAACCACGAACGAGACUGGCAACAUGACCGUGUCAGUACUCCGAGAGUUCUCUGUCCGUACCGAUGAAGCGCAAAAACUAAUCGAUACGGUUUGGGCAAUAUACAGAGACUCUAUCACCACCCUCCUGAACCGCUACACCAUAGCGAAGCAAGAGGGACGACUGGACGACGCGAUCGCACAUGGACAAGCCGCCCUCGACAUUAUGGUCGACUGGCGAGGAACAGCCUGGGACCAGGCGAAGAAGCAGAUACAGAACGACAUCGACGAGAUGAAGACGAUGCAAAUCGAUCGGAUCGUCGAGGUUACCAAUGAGGACAAGACCGAGGUCAAGACCGAGGAAGAGGGUGACGGAUGGUCCAUAGCGCAGAAGAAGAAGAAAGGGAAGCAGGUGCCCCGUCGCAAAGACCGCGACGAGGUCAGCUCGACGCGAGCGAACGACGGGAACGACGACAAGCCGUUCCCCGCAUCCGAGUCCGGAUGGCCCGCAUCCGCCAAUGAACCGAUGCCAUGGGACACGUGCACACCGCUCGGCUGGUCGCCAUUCCGCGACGAAGAAGAGGCGAAGAAGUACGGUGCGACGACGCAGAAGGUCGCCGGUGUCACCUAUGUGACAUACACCGACGACGCGGUGAAGAAGCUCGACGCCGACAACUGGCCCAAGCCCGAGCCGCCCAACGACCCCGAAGCCGACAAAUACUGGGACCUCAUUGCCACCGACCACGAGGGGAACGUCAUCGACUACAACGCCACGCGACUGAGUGAGUUGCAGCAGAUGAAAAACCCUGGCAAGAAGGAGCUGUGGGAGAAGAGGGUGCUUCGCGUUGCGAGCGACCAGUACUGGAUAAGGAGGGCAGACAAGGCGGCAGAAGGGAACGCGUCGAUGGUAAAGAGGUGCUGGACCUGCGAUAGGUACCAUGACCUCGGCAUGUGCAUGAGGAAGGGGCACCCGAUCGUAGGCGCACACGUCGACAGCGACGAGUACGUCAGGAAUUGUGUCAAGGGCACGAUAGCUAACGAGCUGAGGAAGAUGCAUGGCAAGAGUGGCCAAAACAUAGAGAAAUGGAGGAUCGAGUGGGCAGAAAUGCUCAACUAUGUCGAUCAGUAUGGGCGCGCUUGA